AUGGCCACAGCUGGUAAGGUCAUCAAGUGUAAGGCAGCAGUGGCCUGGGAGGCAAAUAAGCCUUUGGCUAUCGAGGAGAUCGAGGUCGAGCCGCCGCAGGCCAACGAGGUCCGCGUCAAGAUUGUGGCAACGGGUCUCUGCCGCACUGACCUCUUCUACCUUAUUGAGACUGACAAAAAAGACCUCUAUCCAAUGGUCCUCGGCCAUGAGGGAGCAGGCAUUGUGGAGAGUGUCGGCCCUGGAGUCACCGAAUUUCAGCCAGGCGACAGAGUUGUUCCUCUAAUUGUCUCCCAAUGUAGGGAAUGUCGUUUCUGUAAGAGUCCCAAGACUAACCAGUGCGAAAAUGUCCGAGAUACUCAGGGACAGGGAAGAUGCAGAGCACCUGUCUCCAAGUUAAGCUGCAAGGGAAAUAAGUUACUGCAAUUCAUGGGAAUCAGUACUUUCUCACAGUACAGUGUGAUUAACCAGAUUGCACUGGCCAAGAUCGACCCUGCUGCCCCUUUGGACAAAGUUUGUCUCCUUGGCUGUGGAGUCUGCACGGGAUUUGGAGCAGCAGUCAAUAAUGCUAAGGUGGAACCGGACUCCACGUGUGCUGUGUUUGGCUUGGGAGCAGUUGGCAUGGCUGCAAUCAUGGGCUGCAAAUAUGCUGGUGCCAAGAGAAUUAUCGCUGUGGAUAUUAACGCAGACAAGUUUGAUAAAGCCAAAGAGUUUGGAGCCACUGACUUUGUAAACCCAAAGGAUCACAACAAACCUAUAAGUCAAGUGAUAUCUGAAAUGACUGGUGGCGGAGUCGACUACUCUCUGGAAUGUGUUGGGGAUGUAAAACUCAUGCAUACUGCUUUAGAAUCCUGUGUGCCAAGCUGGGGAGUAAGUGUGAUCGUUGGCUGGACUGACAGAGAAGAAUUCUCUGCACGUCCAAAUGAUCUCAUUAGUGGACGUACGUGGAAGGGCUCCAUGUUUGGAGGCUUUAAGGGUAAGGACGGCGUGGCAGAAAUGGUUCAAGCCUACAUGAACAAGAAAGUGAAGCUGGAUGAAUUCAUUACUCACAAAAUGCCAUUGGAUCGCAUCAAUGAGGCCAUUGAACUGUUGAAGCAGGGCAAAAGCAUCAGGACAGUCCUGAGUGUUACUCCACAAUAA